UGUUCGCAAGCGACGGCAGCCCAGCGCACGGCAGCCCAGCGCAGGACGCAGCCCAGCCUCAAGACUCGCCAGGGCACAGCGCGGUACAUACAUCUCACGCACGCGCGCGGGCUGGCUGCUAGUCGGACCUGGCUGUUUGUUCGCUUCCCACCCCGCGAGGGGAAGGGUGCGAGGAGUGCCUGCAUCUGCUGAUCUUGGCGGGAGGCGGGAGACGGCUAGGAGGUAGGAGCAGAGGAAGCGUGCGCCGAGAAGGCUGUAGCAGGGGAGAGUUAAUGGCGCCGCCUGAUCAGGGCGGCGGCGGGGCGCGGCGGCAGGUGCUGCUGGGUCUCGCGCUGGGGCAGUUCGUCUCGCUGCUCAUCACCUCCACCGGCUUCUCCUCCUCCGAGCUCGCCCGCCGAGGUAUCAACGCACCAACAUCGCAGUCCCUCUUGAACUACAUCCUCCUUGCUCUCGUCUAUGGAGGUGCACUCAUCUACCGGCGGCAACCACUCACAAUAAAAUGGUACUACUAUUUGAUCCUUGGAAUUAUUGAUGUGGAAGCUAAUUAUAUCGUUGUGAAGUCAUAUCAGUACACAUCUUUGACAAGCGUGAUGCUGUUGGAUUGCUGGUCGGUUCCGUGUGUCAUUGUUCUUACUUGGAUCUUUCUGAAGACAAAGUACGGUCUCAGGAAAUUCAUUGGAGUCGGAGUUUGUGUGGCUGGCCUUAUAUUAGUUGUGUUUUCAGAUGUGCAUGCCUCUGAUCGAGCUAAAGGAUCUAACCCUUUGAAGGGUGAUUUGCUUGUCAUUCUUGGUUCCAUGCUUUAUGCUUGCAGUAAUGUUACUGAGGAGUACGUGGUCAAGAAAAGCAACAGAGUGGAGUUGAUGGCAAUGUUAGGAAUUUUUGGAGCAGUUGUCAGUGGUAUACAGAUAAGUAUACUCGAGCGUAAAGAACUUCAUUCAAUUAAAUGGAAUGCUGGUGCAGUGCUCCCUUUUCUUGGAUUCGCGUUAGCAAUGUUCCUGUUCUACUCAACUGUACCCACAGUACUAAAGAUAUGUGGCGCAACAAUGCUGAACCUCUCGCUCCUGACUUCUGACAUGUGGGCCGUUCUGAUCCGUAUCUUUGCUUAUCAUGAGAAGGUUGACUGGAUCUACUUCGUUGCUUUUGCCUGCACGGCAGCCGGCCUCGUCAUCUACUCAUUCAGGGGCUCCAAGGAAGCAGAGGAGACGGCGCAGGUCGCCGGGGCCGGUGACGAUCAGGUCAAGGUGGGUGACGAGGAGGCUGGAACGCAGAACACGGCUUGAAACUCCGGUGCAGGCAUUGCAAUGGCGGCCCGGCUCCAACAAGAAAUUCAGCUGCCGGAGAUUACUAGGCAGCUGUGAGUUGUAGCAUGCCUUGGACAGCACCUGCAUACAGCGCAGGGCGAACAGGCAGCGGCUGAGAGAGUUUAGGCUGGAGAGCAACUUUGUAUCGGAACAAUUUAACAUGUCGACUCGAACAAUGUCGACAGGAAGGAAACAAGAAUAGUAUUGUCUGGGCAGCACUUCAACAGCUCAAAGGACGAACAGCACAGUUUAGUUCCAUUUCU